UUUAUAUAUUAUUAACAAUUUAACAAGUUAUUUAUAUAUAUUUUAAAUGGCAUCGGGAUACGGUUAUAGCGGUGGACGAUCACGUUGUUUUCCAUUUUGGCAGCAAUUUCUGGGAUGUUAUGCAUCUUUAGAUGAUACAAAAGAAAAACGAGUAUGUAUUGAAGAAAUGGAAGACUAUUUAGAAUGUUUACACCAUGCUAAAGAAAUUCGACGUUUAAAGGCAAUUCAGCAUGAAAUGGAACGAAAGGCAUCAGCCAAAAAAGAAUCGAAUCAAGUGAAAUAAGAUAAUAAAAAAGAAUUUAGAUUGAAUUAUUAUUAAAAUAGCAA